ACCAUCUCUCCAUCCAAACAAACAAACAAACGGUAAACGAUAAUGACUUCCACAUCUGCUACAAUGGCUUCUUUCGCCUCUUCCUCUGCUCAUUUUUUGGGUUCCAAAGUUUCCAUCAAGGAACAAACUUUCUUGCCAAAACGUGUCCAUUUCCGGCAACUUCGUAUCUCCGCCGCUUGUUCAUCGACGGCCGAGAGACCGGUUUCCCACAUUGAUUGUCCGUCGUCACUGUACGAGGUACUGGGGAUUCCGAUGGGUGCCACGUGUGAAGAAAUCAAGGCUGCUUACCGGAGCCUGGCUCGGGUUCUACACCCGGAUGUCUCGGGUAAUGGUCGAAACGACGCGGCGGGUCUCAAUUUUGUGGUUACACGAAGCGAGUGGGAAACCGAUCAAUGUUGGUGAUACUUGGGAUGAAGUAUGGAAUUCAGAGAUGGGUUUAGGCAAAUUUUCAUUCUUUUAGGCUUUUUGGAAUGACUAAUUUUCUGCUAAUUUUGGCUGUAAAUACUGAAUAUAAAUAUAUAGGAACUAAAACAGGCAGCUUAUUUUCAUAGCCUGAGGUUAUAAAGGUUGGAUUUUUGUGAUAUGAUUUUAGUCUUCUGUUUC